AUGCGAAGUCCACGUAUCUUGCAUAACUUCCAGGACCAAUAUUCGGCAUGUUACAAGCCUCCAAAUUCUCAGAAGUGCAGUAAAGAGAUGCUUACGAAAAGAGCAACAGACGCCGGAUAUUUCUCAGAAGGGACACUGGAUUUCAUGAGAAAAACUCUUGAAAGAUCUGGGCUUGGUGACUCCACUUAUCUGGCAGAGAUCUUUUUCGAAGAAUCACAACAGUAUACCCCAUCCAUGAAAGAUUCGAGAAGGGAAGCUGAGAUGGCCAUUUUUGGAUCCAUAGAUAUGCUUCUGGCUAAAACAGUUAAUCAGUAUAAGCUUCCAGAGAAUGUCGUGAGCUACAAUCUUGUUGGCAUGGGAUGCAGCGCAGGACUUCUAGCAAUAGGACUUGCUAAACAGCUCCUACAGGUGCACCAAAACACCUACGCUUUGAUAGUGAGUACGGAGACAAUUACCGAGAACUGCUACAUCGGAGAAGAUCUUUCCAAGUUCAUCAUCAACUGCCUGUUUCGUAUAGGCGGCGCCGCCAUACUCCUCUCCAACCGCUCCUCCGACCACCAUAAUUCCAAAUACCGCCUUCUUCACACCGUACACAACAACACAUCAAGAUCAGAUCGCUCUUAUAACUGCAUAUUUCAGGAAGAAGACAUCGCCGGGACAGUCGGCGUCACCAUCAAUAAAGACCUUCUCACCGCCGCUAUUGCCACCAUCGAAGCAAACCUAACCGCUUUAGGUUACUUAAUCCUUCCGAAAACAGAGAAACUCCUCUACGUAGUAAACUGCAUCGCCAGAAACCUCCUUCCGGGAUACAAAAUCCAGUCUUACGUACCUAACUACGGCAAGGCCGUCAAUCACUUCCUCCCUCACGUCGGCGGGAAGCCGGUGCUCGAUGAACUGCAGAAGACCCUACGGUUUUCUGAAGCCGUCAUGGAAGCUUCGAGAAUGACACUGUACAGGUACGGAAACACCUCCAGCAGCUCGAUAUGGUAUGAGCUGGCGUACGUUGAGGCACAGGGUCGGGUCAAAAAAGGUGACCGGGUCUGGCAGAUGGCAUUCGGGUCGGGUUUCAAGUGCAGUAGUGUGAUUUGGCGUGCAAUGAAGACGGUUGAUUAUGAUGACAAGAAUCCAUGGACGGACGAGAUUGCUGGGUUCCCAGUGACUUUGGACGAAUGUGAACCAAUGCCGGUCUUUUUUGAACCUACCAAGAAUAAUUAAUUAAUCUUCCAUUUUAUUUUUAAGCACUCGAUUACUUCUCUAUUACAAUUUACACAUACAAUCUUACAUUGUAAUAAUAAAUCCUUUGUUUGUAAUGGAAAUAAUUUCCUCAAUUU